AAGCCUAAUAGACAGAGAUAAUUUCGCAUUCAUAAUAUUAGUAAGGAUUAUACUUUUCUAAACAUUUAAAUACAUGCUUUAUGUAUUGUUCCGUAAAUGGACAAGACCAUCGAUUUUUGAUACAAAGAAGAUAACAUCACAAAUACAGGCAAUCGCUAUCUUCACGUAAAAACCCAAAAAGUGAUAUUACUAGACAAUAUUGAGUAACAAGUCAUUGGCAUCAACGAUGACAUAGCAAAUAGACCAAUAUUACACAAUAACAUCAUUUACCAUGACUGUCCUUUUAACGAAUCUAAUCAGACUAAUCAGAUAAUUAAACGUAUAUUUAAACAGGUUCAGCUUAGUGCACAAUCAAACUCAAUAGUGUAAAGUCUAUCAAUAUGUUUGCCAACAAAGUAGUGCUCGUGACUGGAGGAAGUUCAGGUAUUGGCGCGGCUACUGUAGAGCUGUUCGCUAAAGAAGGAGCAUCAGUCGCCUUCGUCGGCAGAAACGAAACUCGACUGGAGGAAGUCGCUAAGAAAUGCGAACAAUAUGGAGCUGCAACACUCGUCAUCAAAGCUGAUGUCUCUAAAGAAGAAGAAGCAAAAACCGUCGUUCAACGAACAGUAGAUAAGUUUGGAAAACUCGAUGUGCUUGUGAACAAUGCUGGCAUUCUACGUCAUGCUACUGUAACUGACCCUAAAUUCUUGGAGAAUUUUGACGAGAUUAUGAACACGAAUUUGCGUCCUGUGGUCCUUUUGAGCAGUCUUGCAAUUCCUCACCUCAUCGCCUCUAAAGGAAACAUCGUAAACGUGUCCAGUGUUUUGGCAACUUGGAUCAAGAUUCCUGGGACUAUAUCCUAUUGUAUGUCCAAAGCUGCCAUGGACCAUUUCACAAGAGGAGCUGCUACGGAACUAGCUCCUCACGGUGUAAGAGUAAAUUCUAUCAACCCUGGACCAGUCUUGACAGACAUUGCUGCAAACGCCGACAUGCCUAAGGAUUUAAAUCAGGACAAUAUCGUGGAAAAGCUGACUGCGUUAGGAAGAUUUUCUGAAUCUGAAGAGAUUGCUGAAUUGAUCCUGUACCUAGCUAGGGCUCGCAGUGUGACCGGUUCUUGUUAUCUCAUUGAUAAUGGAAUGUAUCUGAAGUAAACUUGUAAUUUUAAUUUUACAACUUUUCUGGUUAUUUAUUAUGUUAGUGUAAUAAUUUUAAUUUUGAAAUAAAACUAAUCACAUUACCUAUUACA